AGAUUACUAGGGGGCCUCUAGAUCCUCUCCCACUGCCAGCUUGGCAGCUUGGACUGUUCCCAUUGGUCAAAAUUCUCCACUGAUACUUCAUCUUGACUGCAGACCACACCCUCCCCUCUCCUUCUUCAACUUCAAGUAGGUGAAAAGCAAACACAUUCUCUCAUUAUUCAUUACCCAUAAAAAAUAAAUACUGCUGAAGCCACUGCUGUACUCUACUACCGAAUCUAAUUGAUUAAAAAUUAAAACUUCAAAAAAACAAAAAAGCAAAGCAAUUCCAACAAAUAUAGAGAUUUAAAGCUCACCUACCCUGAAAUGUUGGCUAUUGCUGACCGCGAUUUCGAUGCUCGUCGGCCAAAAUGUCGGCCUCUUUAGCUGCUUUUGAGCGCCCAAGACCUGGAGGUUCUAAUUCGGUCUUCAAGAGUGGCCCACUUUUCAUAUCUUCGAAAGGCAUAGGCUGGAAGUCUUGGAAGAAGCGGUGGUUUAUCCUCACACGGACUUCUUUGGUUUUGUUUAAAAAUGAUCCUAGUGCGCUUCCACAAAGAGGUGGUGAAGUAAAUCUGACUUUGGGGGGCAUUGACUUGAACAAUUCUGGGAGUGUUGUUGUUAGAGAAGAUAAAAAGCUGCUGACAGUUUUAUUUCCUGAUGGAUGUGAUGGUCGGGCCUUCACCCUUAAGGCUGAGACAUCAGAAGACUUGUAUGAGUGGAAGACAGCCCUUGAACAUGCUCUUGCACAAGCGCCAAGUGCUGCCCUUGUCAUGGGACACAAUGGGAUUUUCCGAAAUGACACAAAUGAUACAAUGGAAGGGUCCUUCCAUCAAUGGAGGGAUAAGAGGCCUGUUAAAUCUUUGGUUGUUGGAAGACCAAUUCUGCUUGCGCUAGAAGAUAUUGAUGGAGGUCCUUCGUUCCUUGAGAAAGCUCUUCGGUUCCUCAAAAAGUUUGGUACUAAAGUUGAAGGAAUUUUGCGACAGUCAGCGGAUGUUGAGGAGGUAGAACGUAGGGUACAAGAAUAUGAACAAGGCAAGACUGAAUUUGAUCCCGGUGAGGACGCUCAUGUUAUUGGUGAUUGUGUCAAGCAUGUUCUGAGAGAGUUGCCCUCGUCUCCAGUACCAGCAUCUUGCUGCACUGCGUUGCCAGAAGCUUAUAAAAUUGAUCGAAAGGAAGCUCGGAUUAAUGCAAUGCGCUCUUCAAUAUUGGAGACAUUUCUUGAGCCAAACCGCCGUUUAUUACAGAGAAUUUUGAAGAUGAUGCAUACCAUCUCAUCUCACUCACAUGAGAAUCGGAUGACUCCAUCUGCAGUUGCUGCUUGCAUGGCACCCUUGCUCUUACGCCCUCUAUUAGCUGGUGAAUGUGAGUUGGAUGAUGAGUUUGAUGUGAAUGGAGAUAAUUCUGCCCAGCUUCUUGCUGCAGAGGUGGUAGAUUACCCAAAGCAUCCAUCAACAGCAUCUUCUGCCUUAGUAGAAUUAACAACUCGUCUUGAUUUCUUCAAGGAAAGACGCUCUCAGUUGAUGGAACAACUUCAUAAUCUUGAUUUAAAUUAUGGCACAACAUCUUUGCAAGACUCUGUGUAUAGACCAUCAUCACCACCAUGGAAUUGAUUGGCGGAGAAGAUGCUCAUCAAAUGAGUCGGAAGAAGAAUGUCAGACGCCCUGUUCUUUGUAUAUCCUUUGAUAAUGUUGCAUAUAGUUGUAUCCCAUGUGGAACUCUUUAAUAUUCUUGUUUCAUAUUCAAAGUUCCUUUUUUUUUUUUUUUUCUUUUUCUAGUGAAGAUGUGGAACGGAAUUUUCGUGAGAAGUGUUCUUUUCGGUCUGUUGAUUGAUUUUUUCUCGUUUGGUUUUUGUUGUCAAGGACCCUGUAAACAAACCAUGCACUGUUGUGUCCAUAGGUGAAGUAUGCUUAUUGAACAAUAAUAUUUAUAGUCAGCAAACCAUUUUCAGAA